CCACCAUCUCCCGACGCCCAAGCACAGCAGCCUCCAGCAUGCCGUCGUCGUCGUACGACCCCAAGGAGAUGCGCUUCCGCAACCUCGGGCCCUCGGGCCUGCGCGUCAGCCUCUUCAGCCUCGGCGGCUGGCUCACGUUUGGCGGCAGCGUCGACGACGCCGCCACGCGCGACAUCAUGCGCGCCGCCUACGAGGGCGGCAUCAACACCUUCGACACGGCCGAGGUGUACGCCGACGGCGAGUGCGAAAAGUCGAUGGGCAAAGCGAUCCGCGAGCUGGGCUGGGAGCGCAGCGACCUCGUGCUCAUCACAAAGGUCUUCUACGGCGUGCGCGGCAGCGCGCCGCAGGACCCCAACGCCACGGGCCUCAGCCGCAAGCACAUCAUCGAGGGCACCAACGCCAGCCUGCGCCGCGCCGGCCUCGAGUACUGGGACGUCGUCAUGGCGCACAGCCCCGACGUGACGGUGCCGAUGGUCGAGGUCGUCAAGGCCUUCAACCAUCUCAUCACGACGGGCAAAUGCUUCUACUGGGGCUGCUCGGCCUGGUCGGCAGAGCAGAUCAGCGAGGCGUACGGCAUCGCCGAGCGCCUCGGCCUCGACCCGCCGCUGGCGGACCAGUCGCAGUACUCGGCGCUGCACCGCGAGCCCGUGGAGAAGGACUACCUGCCGCUGUACCGCAAGCAUGGACUCGGCCUCACGAUCUGGUCACCCUUGGCUUGGGGGCUGCUCUCGGGCAAGUACAACGACGGCAUCCCCAAGGGCAGCCGCUUCGACCUCAACGCCGGCGGCACUUUUUCCGGCGCCAUUGCGUCGCUGCAGUCGCCCGAGGGCCAGGCGAAGCUGGAGCGCGUGCGCCGCCUCGCCGCCAUCGCCGAGCAGCUCGGCUGCUCGACGGCCGUGCUGGCGCUGGCGUGGGCGGCCAAGAAUCCGCACGUCUCGACGGUGAUCCUCGGCGCGUCGAAGGUGGAGCAGGUCCGAGAGAACCUGCAGGCGCUGCACGUCCUCGACAAGCUCACGCCCGACGUGCUGCAGCAGAUCGAGGCGGCGCUCGACAACAAGCCCGCGCCGCUGCCCACGUUCGGCCGUGAGUGAGCGGGAGCAAUGCAGCAGAUCAAAGCGCG